CAACAGGGGAGUGAAUUUUGGAGCGCACAGCUGGAAGCAAGGUGGAAGCUGCCGCAGUUUUUGCCUUCAUUCAGCAAUGCCCUGAGUAACUCUCUGGUGAUCAUCAAGAAGCAGUGUUGGACAAACAUGGAGGAGGCUCCGCAAGGAACGUUUCAAGAUGAGCUGGACUGGUGUAUCCAACAAUUAGAAACUGGCCUCCUGCGGCGCAAUCCAACCCCACAGCAAGCACAAGAUACUCAGAGGAUACUGCGGGUCCUGCGUUCUCGAAAUGCCCCCUUUGUGAAGAAGAGGCAGGUCAUGAAUCGGGUCUUUGGAAACUACCAUCUUAAAAAAUAGAAGAGGAGAGAAAACAAAAAGAAAAAGCAGCCAAAACAUCUCCUCCAGUUCAGAUCCAAGAAGUGGCCCAUCCAGAUUCUCGCAGUGUGGCCUACAGGAAGUGCCCCAGGGAUGGCCAGAGCACCAGUACACAUUGGUUCACACCGUCUGACAACAGUUUUGGCUUCAAAUUCUGCUCAGAACAAACUGAUGACCUUGAUGGAAUUGGGCCAGGAAAUACAGAGGACAGUCAAGCCAAGUGUAGGCAGAUCGAAGUCAACAGCAAAAGUAUCAUGUUGUUCACUGAGGAAGGGUCCGGCUUCACCUUUAAUUUCCAGAUCCCCGAGGAUACAGCAUCUUCACCUCAGAACUGUGAAGGUCACGUGUCUCCUGUGGACAUGUCAGGUGACCAGUCCAACACUAAUCAUUCAUUAUCGACAGUCAGAAAUGUAGCAGAGCCACAGGAAGCAUCAUCACAGAGUGUGUCUAUUGUGGAAGAUGCUUCUGGGUUAUCGGCCAAUCAGAACUUAAUGCUGGAAGCUGCUGUGCAAAGUCUAACUGACUCUUCAAAGACAAAAAAGAAGAAAAAGGCUCAGAAAAAGAAUAAUUCUGCCCAGGUAGAGAAGAAAGUUGAGGAACACAAAGCAGAUACAGAUAAAUCAUCUCCAGCUAAAGAAGAUGGUCAGAUAAGAUGGUUGACAGAUUUGGGAGCCAUUGACUUGCAGAGGGAGAUGGACUGGUGUGUGGAACAGCUGGAAAUAGGACUACAGCGACAGAAGUCCACAUCCAAACAAGUGGAAGAAGCAAAGCGUGCUAUCAAGACGCUGCGUAGCGAGAAAGUGGCAUUGGUCAAGAAACGGCAAGUGAUGCGUAUGAUGUUUGGUGAUUACCGACGCAAGAUGGAGGAAGAGAGACAGAAACAGCUAAAGUUAAUGCAAGCAGCUGCUAAAUCUGCACGGGUAACUGAGGUGUCAGAAUCCUCAAGACGGAAGAGCAGCAAAGUUUUCCGGAAGAGCGCACACCAGUCCAGCAGAGAAACUGGGCAGGACCUUCCCACUGACUCCCAAGACUCGCCUGCACAUGCAGCUCCUAACCAAGGAGGAUUUGUUUUCCAGUCAUCCCAGGAGCCAUUCUUUUUCAAUUUCUUGUAA